AUGCAGAACAUUGUGCGCCAUAUAUUAACUUUCUUUCGGAAGAGGACCGAAUCUGAAGGAAAGCUCCAGAUUCAAGAUAACUCCAAGUUGAAGUCUGUCCAGGGAAUUGUGACCCGUCUCUGUACCGACUAUGGCUGGAUUAAUGAGUCUAUCUUUUUCAAUACUGAUGUGGUGUAUGGAAAUGUUCCUGUGAAUGUUGGAAUGAGUGUCAUUGCUCUCGUGGAAGAAGAUCAAACAACUCAUGCACUGAAAACCAUCAAAGUGAAAGCUAUGUCUGAUCCUAUUUAUGGUAUUGAACCAUCAGAAUUUGACAAACGACUUUGCAUUAAGUGUGUGACUUAUGCAACACAGGACAACAUCUAUAUCAGCAAGGGAACUUUUUUCCCCAUGAAACUUCUUUCUGGAGGAUUUUUGCCUUUUAAAGGAGAUUUGUUGCUGGUUGAGUAUUCCUUGAAGCCAGGUACUUCAAACAUCACUAUCCACUCCUUGAGCCUCCUCAACACACAGACUAUAGAUGAGGUCUGUGUGACCAGCCUUGACGGAAGAACUGGCGUGGUGGAAACCAGCAUCUUUUUCACAUUGGAUUCCCUCCAGAAGCCUAAAGGUUAUAUACCAGAGCUCUAUGACAUCGUGAAUGUGGUUGCUGUGGACAGCAUUCAGCCACACUGUUCUCGGAGAGCAGUAUCAAUGUUCCCAGCAGAAAUGUGUAUUGGCCAAGCCUUAUAA